AUGGCUGGCUUCUUGGCUUUUGUGCGAUACUCAUAUCUGAAAGUUCUCGUUACCUUUUCAAGAUUCCUCAUCAAAUGUUUCACAUCGUCGCCAAGUCCGAGACCUGACUUGUUGUUACAAAUUCCGUCUCGUGACCAGAACCGCACUAUCAAAGUCCAUGUCUACAAGCCAUACGUGGAAGACGCUGGAAGCUCAAAGCCCGCUCCCGUUCUAAUCAAUUUAUAUGGGUCGGGCCUCGCGAUCCCUCUUCAUGGUCUUGAUGACGAUUUUUGCCGAUAUAUGGCCAAAGCCACCGGCUACGUGGUGCUUGAUGUCAAUUAUUGUCUAGCUCCUGAGUACCCAUUCCCCGCGGCUCUCAACGACGUUGAAGAUACUGUAAAAUAUAUUCUUGAUCACCCAGACGAGUACCAGGCCUCGCAGCUCUCUGUGUCCGGAUUCUCAUCAGGCGGCACUCUCGCGCUUGCUGCCUCCACAACACUCCCCCGUGGAACAUUUCAAUCACUUAUAGCGUUCUAUCCUGCGACAAACCUUUUGCAGGAUCCAAGUUUGAGGAAAGCCCCAGCGCCAGGCGGGAAAGACCGCUCGACCUUCUGGACAAGGGUCUUCCGAGAAUCUUAUAUCAGGGGAAUGGAUCCUCGUGACCCAAGAAUCUCGCCCGCAUUUGCCGAUACAUCCCAUUUCCCAGCCAACAUGCUUUUUUUUACGGGGGAAUUGGACGCUUCGGCGGUAGAAGCUGAAGAAUUAGCUGGGAGAGCGAUGAAUGAAGAACAUUCUGACAGAGAGGUCAUAAUUCGGAGGAUGAAAGGCUGCGGGCAUGCGUUUGAUAAGAAACUCACCGGUGAAAUGCUUGUGUCGGCCAGAAAUGAGGCAUAUGAACUCGCUGCCAAAACCUUGAAGAAGGGUCAGGAGAUCAGUUUUUCAAUUUGA